AUGGACGUGGACUUAAAUCCGUUGAGAUGCCACUAUAUCAAGAAAUAUCUCAUUGGCAGGGAAUUGGAGAAUGAGAUGGAUCAGCUAUCUAAGCCCGAUGGACUCUCUUUGCUUGGUAAUCCAUUCUCGCAGCCAGUGAAUCCAUCCCCGACUUCAAUACCUCUGCUCAAAUACAUCUUCAAUAGAUUUAUCAUCACUUUCCCUCUUCUCACUUCCUCGCCGCCCUCUUUCUGGUCUGAUAAGCUCCAGGUGUUCGUAAACGAUUUCUUAUCGCGAAACUUGUCAUCAUCAAUUGACCAGGAUGAGCUCACAAAGAGAAAAGCCCUAAUUAUCAAGCUACAGAAGCACAUGACCAUUCUCCUAUCGAGCGGUUUCAAGAUGGUGCAGGAUGAAGACGUCAUCAGGGUAAAUGUUAACGAUCUGAAGCAGUAUACGCGCAAGCACUCCACUAACACACACAAAUUGCAUAUAAACAUCGUCACUAUCAGAGCACAUCAAAAGAAAUCCCUAUUACAUCACAAACACGACGACGAAUUUAUAAUACAUUCAAAGCUGACGAAUCAGGCUCGAUCUGAGGAUAUAUAUGUUGCGAGAUCCUACAACGAUUUCAUGGCUCUGUCUAAUCAACUCAGAUUGGAGUUCACCGACGAUGAUAUCCCUUCUCCACCCCAGAAAGACAAAUCCUCAAACUCUACACUGUUCAGAGAAAAGAAUAGAUUGACUUUAAGAGCCUAUUUGAAGGAUUUACUCAAUUUGUCAUCUGCAAUUGCCAACUCCACCACUCUUCAAUCUUUCCUCCUCUCCAACCCCACAGCGCUGUCUGAUGAGGAAAUUAAAGAUAUUCACAAGAGACUGGCACAUGAUGCUAUGAAAGUGGAAAGCAAAAAUUCAUUCAAGAGGGAAAUGGAUGAGCGUGCAGCUGAGGUUAUGGAGAGUGUCAAGCAGUUUAAAUCGGAUAUAUCAUCCAAGAAUGGCUUCAAGAGAAUGUUUAGUCUGAUUAAGGAUAAUCAAACCAUUGAAACCCUUCCAUCACAAUACUCAAAGGUGGUCGAAUGGGCUAAAAUAUCAUUCGCGUCUACACUUUACUCGACAUUUAUCAGUAGUGAUACAUCUUCUGAGACCUUCAGCGGAUUGAAAAGUAUUCACAGUCUCAUGCCGUAUUUUGUGUUGAGGGGUAUACUCAAGAUUAGCAACCCGAUGGCAAUGGUUAGGGGUGUAAUUGAUUUGUUUCUUGCGCAGCCAUUCGGACAAAAGAGUGUAUUACAGAGGAUGUUCUCUGCUUCUAUCUACGAAGAAAUUAAGCAGUUGGAGGAUGAUGUCGAUCUUGUUAAGGAGAGGAUACAGAACCAAGAAAUAAUAAGCAAGAUUGCGCACUUUGUUGCAUCUCCAUUUGAGGUGCAUAAUUAUUGCAAGGAGGAAGCCGAUAAGCUCGAGACGCAUGUUUUAAACGUGGUGUUGAAAGGUGAUGAGAUAUCGAGCGCCAGUCUGGGAAUGGUGCAGCGUAGUUACAGUUCUUUUAUAGACAAAGACUCAGACGAAGAUGAAGACAUGUCAUCACUCUUCUUCCAACUAGAUCAUCUCCUCAAAUUGCAAUUGAAGCUUAAAGAGCGUCAUCAAAUGAUUGAGAUGAUUUUUGAAGGAGUUACAGCGGAGUUAUUAAAAGAUAUGGUAACGAUAUUUUAUACACCACUCGCGCAAGUUUAUAAAGCAGCUAAUAUUUCAGAUGCGCUUUAUGAUUUACAAGCCUUUAUAACAGACCUGAUUGAUGUGGUUGAGAGAGUAGAGGAAGAGCAACAGCAGCACUCGAAUCCAAUAAAUGCGGUGCAUAUAUUUGUGGAUCUAGUUACACGCCAUCAGAAUCAAUUCUAUUCAUUCGUUCACAAUGUUCACUCUAAAGGGGAUGCACUGUUCGAUAGCUUCGGAGAGUGGAUUGAGGGAUGUUACGAUUUCCUACGCGAUGGGGUUGAUGCUGAUAAGAAGAUGGAUCUGGAAUUUAUACUUCCAAUUGGAGAAACGGAGCGGCGGUGGAUAAUGGAAGAAGCUGACAAGACAAUUGAAUACAAUUAUCAGAAGAAGCUCCAAUAUGAGGAGCGCAUGAUGAGAAGGGUGAGGGAGGGACAAGAAGAGGAAGAGGGUGAUGAGAAAGGUGAAACAGAUGAAACAGAGGCAGGACAGUGGGUUGCUGGGUUAGUUGGAAGUCUAGGGGUAGAUGAGGUGUUGACCACUGAAGUGAGUGGUGAUGCUAGUGAGAGUGAGGACGGUGAGCUAGGUGAGACUCGGGAUCAAUUGCAAAAUACCCCCUUGAUACCGCCAAAUACACCAAAUAUGGAGAAUCUGCUGCCACUAUUUAAGCUGUUGAUUGAGAAUGUAUUUUAA